AUGACAGAAGAUACAGAUUCUCCAACCCCUCUGAAACCAAUAUCCUCAAGCAAUAGCAAUCGUUUAAAGUCUAAAAAUUCAUCAAACCUUCAACCUCCUAUUAACAAUUUAAUCUCCACCAGAACUGCUAGAUCUCCUUCAUUGGGUAAUAUGGAUUUAGGCGACACAGUUCGUGGAUUAGCUACUAUGAAUGAAACUAAAGAAGGAAGAAUUGCCUACAAAGGAGAGAAUAAAAAAUUAUCUGAGACUUCUAAAGGUGAUUUAGAUUUAAUCAAAAAAGUUUAUUUAACAUAUGAAGAAAUUACUUAUAGACAUAUUUGGCUAAAUCCACUAUUAAUACUGGUGUUUGUCUAUUUAAUGUAUUUUACUUCUGGAAACAGAACUGAAUCAAAUCCAUUACAUCAAUUUGUUGCAAUCUCUUAUAAAGUUCCGAACGUUGAUGCAUAUGGGAAAGGUAUAAAGGAUUUAUCUUUUAUUUUUUUCUACAUGAUUUUUUUCACUUUCCUAAGAGAAUUUUUAAUGGAAGUUAUUAUUAAGCCAAUGACAUAUAGAUGGAACAUCACUUCUGAACAUAGAAGAAAAAGAAUGAUGGAACAAGUCUAUUCAAUCAUUUAUUAUGGGUUUUCUGGCCCUUUUGGCCUUUACAUAAUGUAUCAUUCCGAUCUUUGGUUAUUUGAAACAAAAACUAUGUAUAGAACUUAUCCAGAUCUUACAAAUACAGGUCUUUACAAAAUCUUUUAUUUGGGCCAAGCUUCGUUUUGGGCUCAACAAGCAUGUGUUCUAGUUCUACAGUUAGAAAAACCAAGAAAGGAUCAUAAAGAAUUAGUAUUCCACCAUAUUGUUACAUUACUAUUAAUUUGGUCUUCAUACGUUUUCCACUUCACUAAAAUGGGCCUUGCAGUUUAUAUUACCAUGGAUGUGUCCGAUUUCUUUUUAGCUUUAUCAAAGACCUUGAACUAUUUAGACUCAAGUCUGACUGUACCUAUGUUUUUAGUAUUCGCUAGUUCAUGGGUAUAUUUAAGACAUUACGUGAAUAUUAAAAUCCUAUGGUCUGUAUUAACUCAAUUCCGUACUGAAGGAAACUAUAUUUUAAAUUACGCCACUCAACAAUAUAAGUGCUGGAUCUCACUACCCAUCGUGUUUGUUUUAAUUUCAGCAUUACAAUUAGUUAAUCUUUAUUGGUUCUUCUUAAUUCUAAAGAUUGUGUAUAACGUCACUUAUAAGGGUAUUGUCAAGGAUGCUAGAUCUGAUGAAGAAGGUGGCGAAGAUGAAGAUGAAGAUGAAGAUGAAGAAGAAGAUGAAGAGGAAGAAGACGAUAAAGGUAAAGAUAGUAAACCAGCUAUUAAUAUAACACCUGCUCUAACUACAGGCUCAAAAGCAUCUUCAACUUCUGCUACAGUUUCUAAACCAAAAUUAAAGGUUGAAAAUUAA